GAUAUUAGAUGUCAAAGAUCAAAGUAACAAGCUUGAAGAGGGAGGCGGGGGCGAAUUUCUUGUCGUAUUUUCGCCAGGACCCGGAUCCGGAUAUAGGCCCUACUCGUGUGUGGAUCCGUGUUAAAUGGUUAAAUAAUCUGUUAUUCGCACUGUACCGAGCAAGAUAGGCUCCGAGUUUCAACCCAACCACGUUUUACUCAGUUAUUUUAUUGGUCUUGAAGGAUUGGACACGGACAAGAAAGGUUCCGUCUCAGGGCUCAAAACACCCCGGGUUAUUCACUAAAUAGCUGGUGCAUCGCAGCAAGCAACUCGCCAUGGACAAGUGGGUGUGCCGACGGAGGGGACAGCAGCAGACGGGAGACAGUAGCUGUCGCUUGUUCUUCUUCCCCUGGGGAGGCGGGGGAACGGGGCUGUACAACAGCUGGGCCAAGUUCUUCCCGGAGAGCAUAGAGGUGAAUGUCGUCUGCUUGCCGGGCCGCGAAUUCCGCUUCAAGGAAACCCCCUACACCAAUUUGGACGUGUUGAUUGCCGACCUGUGUAAGGAUUUCCUCCCAAGCCUGCAAGAGAAACCGUUUGCAUUCUUUGGACACAGUUUGGGUGCUAUUAUAUCCUUCGAGUUGGCGUGCUACCUUAAAACCCACCACAACAUUGAGCCGGCAUGCUUGUUCCUGUCUGGGGCGACGGGACCUUACUCCAAAGUCCGCCAAGAGAUGGUCUCCGACAAGCCCGUGGACCAACUCACGGAGGAGGAGUUCCUCCAGAAGCUGGAGAAACUAGGCGGGACGCCAAAAGACGUCCUGGCGCAGCCCAACCUGCUCAAGCUCUUCAUCCCUUGCAUCAAGGCUGACCUCAUGAUGCUGCAACACUACGGGAAAGAGGCCCCAGCUGUGCCCAUCAUCAGCUGUCCCGUCAACUUUUUUGAAGGUGCCGAGGACACCAGCAGAGAUCACGACAUAGAGAGUUGGAAGACAGUCAGCUCUGGUCCAUUUAAUAUUCAGUAUCUGCCCGGGGGACACUUUUAUCUCCAGCAGCGAGACAAUGCAGGCAAGAUGAUCAAAUCUAUGGCCGAGGCCCUCACGCCUUCGUAAAUACACACCCACCAACACUCGGCAUACAUGCAGGGUAGCGAGCCAAGGGUCUACUCUUUCCCAGUCGGUUUGUGUUUUUGCCCAACACAGGCUUGGACACUACGACCAGCAAAAAAAUAACUCACUAAAGGUUACAAAAUCUCUUGCAGCUAUCAUAAACUCCAAAUACACCUGGCGAUGACCACCGCCAAAUGACAAUGUAAGACUCUUUAAAUGUAACGGUGAAAAUGAUACUUUUUUCAGUGGAAUCGGUCACCAACCAUGGGCGGUGCCUGUAUAUCUGCGAUCUCCGGCCAGCUGUAGGAAUAACAGCCACUGCUAUAGCAGUCUAUUGGACAGUCUUAAUUUUAACGCUUUGAUUUCAGUUGCAUUCCUGUAAAAAUGCCCUCCAUUUUUUUUUUACAUUCGUGUGAGACAGACACUCGUUUUUCAUCUAUCUACAUGUACACGUAUGGGAUAUUCCACCUUUCAUUUCGGAGUAAAAAACACCAGAUGUUAGGAAUAUGAUUUCAAAGGAGUAUAUUUUAGCAACUCUCUUCAAAAAGGGUGCAACCUUGCACCAAUAUCUCUGCACAUCUUUCCUAGUAUACUUUCUGGUUUUCUGCAUCAUAGCGUAGAUUGAACUUUUUGUUAAAUAAGCUUACACAAUAUUUAGUGAACUUAAUGUACUACAAAAUGAAAUAAAACAACUCUUUUUUUUUUUCGAAAUUCUUUUUUUUAAAUAAAUGGGAAAUUUAUUUUUUUUAUUAUAGCACUUAUUCAUUUUUUGGUUUAAGAAUAAGUUAACAAUUAUAUUACAAAAGUUGUAAGAAAAGUACAAAAUAUAUAUUUUUUAAAACAUUGAUACUGUUGAAAUUGGAUGCAAAACUUUGCUACAGUCCUUGGAAUAUAUUUCAUAAAUGUACAAAACAGUACUCAUCCAGUUCACAGUUAAUGAAUUGUCUUACUCGGGCGUUUUUGGCAGGUUGAGCAAACCUUACCAGCAGAGUAAAUUUAUGGACGUUGUGUUGACAGAUAAGACAUCUCCCUGAUUCUAGCACUGAAACCUGACUGCCAUUAUUUUAAUAGCUGUCUGAUUAAUUCUCUAGAUUACAUAAUUUACGUAUGUUCGAUGAUUAUAAGUGACACUUUUUUCAAAAUUCUAUUUGGGAUUGGUCCAUCAAUUAUAAAAAAAGUGUAAACUCCUUAUUAAAAUGUCAAUUUUUGUCCCAAUCAUGAAAUGGUGUUUCUGGUGUUUUUAAUCUUGCUCAUUUUUGGGGUAGCACCUUGCAAAGUACGAGUACGUGUGGUUCUGAAAAGAACCGGGAGUAUACUGAAGAGAUGCUGAUGAUGAAGAUGUCUUCCUGAGCACUCAGUCCGAAACCUUGAGUGUACUCCCCGUUCUUAUCAGAACCACACAUACUCAUUAGAGAUGUAUUCCUUCGCAUGGUGCUACCACAAGCCUUUCCACCUGUUGCUGUCUUUCACCGUGAACAGCCUGAAAUUCUAUCCAAGUUCGCUGGGGUCGAGGGGAACCAAUAAACUUCUGUUCCGGUAUCAACAUUAGCCCGACUCACUCCAACUUAUCUUGAUACUUUAUACGUUCAUGGAUUUAGAGUUCAUUGUUUUUAGAUGCUUAGCUCAAAUUGAUUUGUUUUGCACUGAAACUUAAGCCAGCAAGUUUAAGCUUAAGCAGUUUUGUCCUGUGUAUUUCUCCGAAAGGCAAGAAAACUUUAGAAAAUACGUACAAUAUAAAAACCCCAUAAAUGAUAACAGAGACAAGAAAGUCUGAAGUCACAUUAAUUUGAAAUACAUGAACACAUCAAAUACUUUCCUAUACAAAGACUCCCUGUUCUCCUACCCAAUGAUUGUUUACUCUCUAAUCAAAACAAACACAGAUGGUAAAACCACAUUUCAGAACUCAAUCCACGCAUGUAAAUAUUUCUGGGUUUAAGGUUGGUUGGGGCUCACUGUCAGAGUGACCCAGCAAGAAUGGAAUUGGACUCACUCUAGGAAGGUCUGUCGGACUCCCCGGUUGACAGGAUAGUGGUAGGUCACGUCGCGGCCGUACGCCAUCCACAUCAGGCAGGCAAACAGGGUGGAGUACAUGAUCACAUCCCUGCAGAGAUCAAGGGGCAAAAGGCGGACGUUAAUCUAUCGGCACACACAUAUUGCACUGCUUGCUGGAGUGUUAUGGUUUCUAUCUAGAAAAUGCUCCAAGCGUGCUCUACAAAAAUGGUUUAUUCACUUGCUUACAGUUUAUAAGUUCUUUCUCUUGUAAUUGUUAAAUAGCAUAAUUUUGUAGCUUCGAUUUCAGUUACAUUUCUGUAAACCCCCCCCUUUUUGUAAACAUUGCAUAGGUUUGCUACUCAGUUUUGAUCAACCUAUGGGAUAUUCCAUCUUUCAUUUCUCUGAGUAAAUGACACCCGAUGUUAUGAAUAUGAUAUCAGAUGAGUACAUGUCAGCAGCAAUUCUCUUUGAAGAGGGUGUAUCCUUGCACCAAAAAGCCAUUUGCGAGUAACUUUGUACAAAAUCUGGUACACUGUGCUAUAU